AUGUUUGGUAUAGAACCGCGAGUAAGGCUUAUGACUUCGCCUUUGCCUCGAGAUGUUAUUGAGGAUAUACGAGAUGAAGAUGAUCUAGAAAAUGCGUUAAAUAAAAUAAAUAUGACGGAUAGUACAGAUACUGCAGAAACUGAGCCUGUAGCUAGUUGUAGUGGAGAGCAUCAGAUUAUAACUGGAGCCAAACAAGCCGCAGAGAGUUCAUCCAAAACAAGUGAAGAAUCACCAGUCGAAGUAGAAGCCAGUCAAUAUGAUAUUGAAGCUGGAGCAUCUACGGCUGAAGAGCCUCUAAUAAUACCACCAAAUGACAAAGACAUCGAAGUUAUUACAAAUGUGAAUCAACAAAUAAUGACAUCCAGAGAAGCGGCACAUCAAAACUUAAAAAAACAGGACAGGAGAAUGACAUUAGCUUCAGAUAAAAUACACGUUCCAGUAGAAAUCGGCGAUAAUGUAAUUAUACAAAUCCCAGAUGUCGACAGAGCAAAAGCAAAUCUACGUAAUAUAGUCGGAGUGAUUCUUCAAAAGGAUGAUCAGGGUUUUCACAAGAUUGGAACGAAAUAUGGAAUGCUCGACAAAUUAUAUUGCAGGUAUGAACCUACCAGCGAUUUUUCAGGGGUGCUGAUUUCAGUCCCGGAAAGUCCAACCACUUUCUUAAAUCCUACCGGCUUAAUGCCUAUUUCAGAUGUGCUCUCUGCCUUCCAUGCUAACAAACAUGAUCCUGUUAAGAUUUGCGAUAUCUUUGAAGAGACGCCGAUUGAAGAACGGCAAUUAUUAAAUUCUUUAGUUAAACAACAAUUCGGCUGCCAUAUGCCACAGUUAUACUAUAAUGUUACGAAAUGCAUAGCUUCACUCAAUUUCGAUUUUGAAUUUUUAAUUCCUAGAAAAUUUGAUGUUGAACAAAUAACUUUAGAAGAUAGACAGAUAAUAGAUUACCAGAUUCAUGGAUCAUACUUUAUUAAUAUCGCUACAGGAUUAUCACAUGACAUUGAUCAACAUGUUGAUAUUAUAAUGAUAACUACUCCUCAAAAUGGAAUGCAAAAUAGAGAGUGUGAAACAGUCACAUUGAUGGAAGAUCCAGUUAUGGAAAUUGUAGAAACUAAUCCUCCUGAUGGAACUGAUGUUGCUAAAAUUGUCGAAAUGGGCCAAAACGCAUCACUAAACUGUGAACAGCGAGUAGCGUUAGCACUUGCGUUAUGUACGAGUCCAAUAGAUGAUCCUGGCCCACCAGAGGAAUUGCCGCACAAAUUGAAUUCCACUAGAAAUGAUGAAUCUGUUGUGACUUCCCCAUCAACUGUUAGAAAACAGAGAAUUUCAAGAUUUACUCUACCACGAGCUGAACGAUCUGCUGCUGGAGAAUUUCGUCUUCAAUAUUAUAAAAGGAAGACUGAUGAUAUUGUGAUCUACGAAGUUGAACACCAAGGGAUGAUUGCACAUAUUACCACUAACAUUACUUGUGCUUUAGAGCUGGCGAAAACGCAUGUUGGAUCACAUACUAUAAAACUUGGAAUAUACAAUUUCAUCUGUCCAAAUAAUACAGCAGAGCUCGCGCGUAAUUACGCUUAUUGGCUUUAUUGCCAAAUAACUGAUGGACAUCUGAACCUGAGUAUCAGGGUGUGA